AUGGUGCUGGAUAUAAAGCGUGUCCUCGUACUUGACGAAAUAGGGACAAAGUGUAUAGAUAUUUUAAAUGUCCAUAAAAUUUUUGUUAAAAAAAUGGCUACACUCAAUGAAAAAGAACUAAUGAAUGAGAUACCUACUUAUGAUGCAUUAGUGGUGCGCUUCUCUACAAAAGUCACAAUCGAUGUCUUGCUCGCGGCCACCAAUUUAAAAGUGAUUGCAUGCGCGGGAAGUUACUUCGGCAACGUAGACUUAUGCGCUGCUAAAAAUCUUGGAGUCGCUGUCAUUAAUGCUCCAAGUGGUGACAACUUGAGUGCUUGCGAGUAUACUUGUUGUUUGACAAUGGCGUUAGCCAGAAAUACAAUGAAAGCUAUGGAUCUAUCAAUUGCGAGACAUUGGGAUCCCUCUCUAUAUGUUGGGACCGAGCUGAAAUCACGGACUAUAGCUAUAAUUGGUUUAUCAGACAUUGCCAAAAAGUUUGCAAGGUGCAUGAGUGUUUUCAAACCGUUUAUAAUGUGUUACGAUUCACGCUACUCGGCGUCAUAUUGUAAGAGAUACUCUGCUAUCAAGAUGGAAUUGAAUCAGAUCUGGCCUGUCGCUGAUUACAUUAUCAUCUUCUCGACACCUUUUGGCAGUAAUCAGACUUACAUCAACGAAGAGAUACUGAGAGCGUGCAAGAGAGGCGUUAAAAUAAUCAUAAUAGGAAAAUCCAAUGUUUUUGAUACAAUCGCAAUGAUGGAUGCACUCAAUACAGGACAUGUGAGCGGUGCCGGCUUGGAUAUGUAUGAUGAGGAUUUAACCCUUUUAAAACAACCUAUAUUUAAUCAUCCAUCCGUAAUAGCAUCAAUGCAUCUCGGUGUACAAACCGAGGAAGCGGUAAUGCGAUGUGGUCAAGAGGCCGCCGAGCAGCUUAUUAAUUUAUGCUUUCCUGGUACUUACUAUACAUCGCAGUCCACCGUAGUAAAGUUUCAGGACGAGUUGCCUCAUUUAGUAACUUCUAAUACUUGUUAA